CAGGGGGAGGGGGAGGGGGAGACGCAACCCCACCUGGCUCGGCGCUCCCCCGGCCCACCCCGCCCGGCUCAGCGCGCUCUGCGGGUGGCGGGCGCACAGCCCUCCGGGGACUCGAUGGCCUCGGAAAGCCUGGCGGGGGCGCUGGCGGCCGUCCUGGGGGGCCGGGGGCUGCACGUGCAGGGCUGGGACUCGGUGCCGGCCGAGGAGCCGCCGGCGCCGGUGCGGCUGCGGAAGAACGUCUGCUACAUCGUGCUUGCGGUGUUCCUCAACGAGCAGGAUGAGGUGCUCCUGAUCCAGGAGGCCAAGAGAGAGUGCCGUGGGUCGUGGUACCUGCCCGCGGGAAGGAUGGAGCCAGGGGAGACCAUCAUAGAGGCGCUGCAGCGGGAGGUGAAGGAGGAGGCCGGGCUGCAGUGUGAGCCUCUGACACUGCUGUCUGUGGAGGAACGAGGCCCCUCCUGGAUCCGCUUUGCCUUCCUUGCUCGCCCCACAGGCGGAACUCUCAAGACUUCUAAGGAGGCAGAUGCAGAGUCCCUGCAGGCUGGCUGGUAUCCACGAACAUCCCUGCCCUCUCCGCUGCGAGCCCAUGACAUUUUGCACCUGGUGGAGCUAGCCGCCCAGUAUGGGCAGCAUGCCAGGCACCCUCUUAUUCUGCCCCAAGAGCUUCCCUGCAGUCUGGUCUGCCAACGGCUCGUGGUCACCUUUACCAGCGACCAGGCAGUGUGGGUGCUGAUGGGUACGGUGGGGGUACCUCACUUGCCCAUCACUGCCUGUGGCUUCACGCCCGUGGAGCAGAGGGGUGGCAUCAAGAUGGCCAUCCUGCGGCUGCUGCAGGAGUGUCUGACCCUGCACCAUUUGGCAGUGGAGACCAAGGGGCUGCUUGGAGUGCAGCAUCUAGGCAAAGACCAUACCGAUGGCGUUUGCCUAAAUGUGCUGGUGACAGUGGCCUUUCGGAACCCAGGUGUCCAAACUGAGCCCCCGAAGGUUCAGGGCGAGAACUUCUUUUGGUGGAAGGUGAUGGAGGAAGAGCUACAAAGUCAGCUCUUACAGAGGCUUCAGGAGUCAUCUGUCGUCCCAGUCAACAGAUAGGAAGGUGCCAAGAGUGGGCAGGAAGCUGGGCAUCCCUGUUCUCCAGUUUUGCUGCUCCUCCAACAGAGGCAAUAGGUUGGAAAUCUGAGAUCUUGUUGCACUGGGGUUCUCCUGUAUUCCGGGGAUUUCCAUCUCUCCCUUGCUAUGAACAGGACGGUGCCUUUCACCAAGCAAGGAGUCCAGAGCCCACCGGCCUGAGUGCCCUGAGUGCGCUGAAGCUACUCCAUCAGGGAGGUGGGAACUUUCUGGCCCAGCGAUGGCACAGCCUCAUCAUUUUCUGUGCCCACCUCAGAAAAGGCCUGCAUCCGAAUGCUUUCAGGCACUGAGAACAUGGAUGGGGAACCGGGGGAGGUCCCCCUAGCAAGCGGGUACCUUGCUGAGUAAACAGGUGUUGCUCACCUUCC